AUGUCGGAUGCUGAGCCCGUCAUGGCCUCUGCUCCCGCAGAAGUCGACGAGAAUGCGCCCCCGGCUACCCCGGUAGAGUCGACUACCCUCUCGGGAGGUGAAGAGUUGGUCAAAUCGAGCCCCGAGGCUUCCAAGGAGAACUCCAAGGCCUCUCCAACCAAGACCAGCCCUGGAACACCCGGAGCUGUGCAGCGCCCUGUCUCAUCAGGAACAGCUACCAAGCGGCCUACGUCGUCGUCCACAACAAAGCCCAUGACAACUGCCACCCGCGGUACGACCAGCAGCACAUUGAACAAGCCCCCUACGCGUCCUACAACGACUACGGCUACGCGCAAGCCCCUGAGUACCUCCACUACCUCGUCUCAUCGGUCUCGCAUGUCCGUUAGCAGCUCGGCGGACGAAAAGCCCCGCUCCGUGGCCAGCUCUGGAGAUGAAAAGAGAGGGAUCUCCGGUACCGCUAAGCGAAUGUCCAUGGCUGGCACUACGUCCACUCGCGCACCUUUGAGGCCCACGUCCUCUUCAGUUGAUCGUCGAUCCAGCGUUGCCGGUCCUACUGCGGAGAGGAAGCCUGCCACCACCACCGCCACCGCACGCACCGCCACCUCCACGAGCAAGCCAAUGGGCCGUUUGACCUCUGCUGCCACUCCUGCGAGCCGAACUACCACGUCGACUUCCACCACUCGUCCGACUACUACUCGACCAACCUCGACCACAAGUACCGUGAGAUCUGCCACAACCGCGGACCCCAAAAAGCGAUUGAGCACCAUCAGUGGUACCUCUGCUACGCGCGGCGCGGGUGAUUCUGAGAAGUUGCAGUCUCUUCAGACAAAGCUCACGGAAAGCGAAGAGACCGUUGCCAAUUUGAAGGCAGAGCUUGAGACCGUCAAUGAGAAGCUGAGCCAGCUGUCCGUGUCAGCUGAGCAGCCCUCUACUGAUGAAGGUGCUACCGAUGCACUUCGCACUGAACACACUGCCGAACUCGAAAAGUUGACAGCAUCUCAUGCCGAGCAACUCCAGGCAUUGCAGACCCAACUCGAGGAGGCUGAGACCCAGCGUAAAGAGCUUGAAGAAAGCUCUCAAAGGGAACUCGAGGAGGCCAAACAAUCCGCUUCCGCACAAGGCGAUGAUAAGGCGACUGCCUUACUGGAGGACCUCAAGGCCGCACACCAGGCUCAGUUAGAGAGCAUUGGAAAGGAGCUUACAGAGCAUAAAGCCGCAGCUGCCAACUUUGAGGACCAGAUCGAGGCCCUGAAUAAGGAGCUCCUGUCGCUCAAGGAGUUGGAGGAGCAAAAUGCCCAGCUCACCCGAGAGCUCAAGGGUCAUGAUCAGGUUUUGGAGAACUUGAACACUGAAAUCAGUAGGCUGAACGCCCAGAAGGAGCAGGAAGUUCGCGCCGCAGAGGAAUUUGCCCAGCAGAGUGUGUCCACCCUGAAGCAGCAAGUGACUUCCCUUGAGGCCAGACUUGCCGAGGCUGAGUUAGCCACCCAGCAGAGCUCUGAGACUACUACCGAGUCCAUCGCCAAGAAAGAUCAAGAAAUCAGCGAUCUCAAGCAGGCCCUCGCGAAGGUGGAAAGCGAGCUCCAGGAGGCGCGCGACGCCGCUGCCGACCAGUUGGACACCAAGGUCAAGGAAUUGGAAGCUGCCCAUGAAGCUGCCAUCGCCAAUCUGAAGGCCGAACACGACACCGCCAUCUCUUCUCUUUCUGAUUCCCAUGCGAAGGAGCUUAGUCUGGCUAUAGCUGCAGCGGAGUCUAGCGGCUCAGACCACAUUAAGGAAAUGCAGGAGCUCCGCGAUGCACUUGAGUCCUCCAAGGCUGCUGCCCAGCAGGGCCGAGAGGAUGCCAUUGCUGAGCUGAAGGCCGCCCAUGAGGCCGAAUUGAACUCCCUCCAAGAGCAGCUUCAGGCAUCUGAGGCUUCUGCCCAGGAGGGACAGCAGGGUGCAAUUUCCAAGCUGAAGACUGCCCACGAAGAAGAACUCAAGACCCUGCAAGAAAAGCUCGAGGCUUCGGAGAGUGCUCUCGCAGAAUCUCGUCGCGCUCUUGACGAAGGCCAAGCUUCCGCCCAAGACGUUGCCGUUCAGGAGAUUGAGGCUCUUCGUCAGAAGUGUGACUCCUUGGAGUCAGAACUCUCUACCGGCACUGGAAAGAUCAACGGACUCCAGGAGGAGAUCCAGAGCAAGCGAACUGAGGUCGAGGCACUUCACCAUAGUCUUCGCGAUGUCGAAGAUUACUACAAGCAGGAGGGAGCCCAAAAAGAUAACAAGCUCAAAGCUCUGGAGCAGAAGGUCGCUGAGACUACCCGUCUUCUCGAGGAACACACCUCGAAGGCCGCUGGUGCGUCUGAUAAGCACUCCCAGGAUUUGGAAGACUUGAAGACCCAGCAUGCUACCCAGCUCUCCCAGGCCAUCGAAGAACUGAAGGCUCAACAUGCAAUCCAGCUCGCAUCGGAGCUGGAACAGGCGAAGGAGGCAUCGGGCUCUCACAAAACUGCCCUUGGUGAUCUUCAGUCGCAACACGAUGAGCUCCUUGCCAAGAGCAAGGAAUUGGAGUCGACUCACUCUACUCGGGUUCAGUCUCUAGAGGCUGAGCUGAAGUCCGCGCUGGAAGCUCACGCAGGUGAAAUUGCUGCCCAGGCCGAACAACGCGAGAAGGCAAUUGCCGAACUUCAGAAGCAGUUUGAGGAGACCCAGACUAAGUUGCAGGCUGAAAUCGCUACCCUGCAGAGCUCUAGCAAGACCGACGCUGAGGUCCACGAGAAGCAGGUCGCUGAAUUGCAGAAUGACUUCGAAGAAACCAAGGCUAAGCUGCAGGCUGAAAUUGAGGCCUCCAAGGCCUCCAAGUCCGCCGACGCCGAAGCCGAGCAUGGCAAGGCCAUCGAGCAACUUCUCACCAUGCAUGAGUCUAAGCUGUCCGGUCUAAAGGAGGAGCUUGAGGCUUCGAACAAGGCCAAGCUGGACGACCUCCAGAAGUCGCACGAUGUGGCCCUGGCUGAUGUAAACGCCCAGCUGUCGCAGGCCAAGGCUGCUGUUCAGGACACCUCGGUUGUGGAUGCCUUGAAGGCUACCAUCGCUGACCUGGAGGGCAAAAUUGCUGACUUCGAGAAGGCUCACGUUGCAGUCCAAGAGUCUGCUGCUUCUGCUUCCAAGGAAAUUGAGGCUCGUUAUGCCGCUGAAAUCUCCCAGAGCCAAGCCGCUCAUGCUGCGUUGGAAGAGAAGCACCAGGCAGCCGUCGCCCAACUGAGCAGCCUUCAGAAAUCGGCUAAUGAAUCGGAGAGCCAGAAGUCUCACCUCGAAUCUCUCAUGAAGCAGCUCUCUGAAUCCCGCGACCAGCUUCUUACCCUCAAGGCUGAUAACGCUACUAUCUCCGACUCGUUGCUUGAUUGCAAGAACCAGAACAGGACCCUUUCCGAGAAGUUGGCGGCCGGUGAACGCGACCUGAACGACCAGAUUGACAAGAACAUGGGUCUCCUGAAUCAACUUGGCGACGUUGAUUCGGCUAUCUCUGCCAGUCGGCGACGUGUCCGUGAGCUCGAAACCGAGUUACAGCUUUUGAAGGUUGAUGGAGGAGAACGGAGUAGCAACACCUCAGGCUUGGGUGCCAGCCGGUGGGCAACGGCCGAUGAGGGUAGCGAAAACGCUGAAGAUGGGGGUCCAGCCACAACGGAAGGUGAGGACCUCGGCCCAUCCAUUGAGGGAACGAUGGCCAGCAUCCAGGAACAGCUUAAGCAUAUCCGAACAGCCAAUGAGGACUGGCACGAUGAGCAUGCCAGACUCGUCGGGGAACUUGCUCAACUCUCCAGGCAUGCAACCCCUGCACCUCCCAGCCUCUCGACCACCCCUCGCCCCGAGGCAUCAACAUCGGCACACAAAGCUUAG